AUGGAAUAUUAUGAACUAUGCAAAUUAGAUGAAACUAUACCUUCGAGAAAACAGAAUCCAUUCGCUCUUAAACAUCCAUUUAGACUAGGAGUUGCGGGCACCUCUGAGUCUGGAAAGACGAAAAUAGUAGUACAUCAGCUUCUAGGAACCAAAUAUCCGUGGAUGUCUGGUGAAAAACGUGGUCAUAAAAUACCAAAAGGCGGGAGCAAAAAUUUUGCCAUGGAUAAGCAAGCUCCAUGGUACGAAAAUGUGAGAUUCAAACUGAUCGCGCCUGAAGAACUACCUGAUAUUUCGUCUUUCAAAAGAACUGGUCGAUUUACUGUUAUAGUCUUUGAUGAUCUUGCCGGCGAACCUCUGGCAACUCAACUAAAAAUCGUUCCUUUCUUUAG